AUGCGGAAUGGAGCAACGGGAGACGACGAACGAAAAGAGACGGAGCGAAGAGAACACACCGGCAGGGAGGAAACAAAGCGGGAAAGGGGUGCAGUGAUCGAGAGGGAGAAAGGGAACAAUCAUAGAGAGAAGCAGAGAGAAAGAAUCGGUUUUGCAAUGAGAGGGGGAAAAAAGGCUCGAGUGCCCUGCCGGUCUGCCGCGAUAUCCGCGCGGUUAUUCGCCGCCGUUCUCGGUGUCGACGCGCCCUUCCUCCAGGCACCCUCAACGACGGACGACGUCGAACGUGAAGAAAUUGGAAGCGAAGGCUCGCCGCGGAAGUCGUUUGUCUCGUUCGUCUCUCGACUCUCAUUCGGCGUCACUGCUCUCUAUUCCGAUUUUCUUUGCCGAUCCGCACGAAGGAAUCUCACGAAGGGACGGAAUGUCGAAGGGAAAAAAAAAUCGUUCGGGAUCAGCGAAGCGAUUGUGCAGCUGCAGCAACCGAAAUUGCCAUCCGCAAUCCUCGUGGACAACGAGGUCGAGCUCCGGUGUCACGUCGACGGUUCCGGCGACAUGAAAUACGAGUGGUUCAAGAACACAGUGAGCGUGGCGAAAAGCGAUCGUGUUGAGAUCAAGAAAAAAAAACUGCACAUACACAGAGUAGUUCCAGAAGACAGCGGCAUGUACACCUGUGUGGCCAAGAAUGAGGCAGGAGCCUCGCCAGUGACUGACAGUUACCCGUUAAUCGUUUCCGGAAAUGAGACUGUGACGAUUAAGGAUGUUCCGAGAAACCUGAUCACUAAACGCGGCGAGCCGGCUGUUCUGCACUGUGUCUUCGAGAACGCCGACGAGAUACAGUGGUUCUUCAAGGAAAUCGGUCCGCUGGAAUCCGACGAGGAACGAACGAUCUUCGAGAACGGCACUCUCUUAAUACGCGCCGCCGAUCUUAGGGACCAGGGAUUCUACUCCUGCCACGGAACAAGGGACGAGACCACAGUUAGUUAUAGGGUCGAAUUACAAAUUGCUUAUUUGCUGAACUUUUCGGUGGCUGCUUUUGAACCAAAACGUCCUACUCAACUGGCGAUUGUCGGCGAGGAUCAAGAAUUCCAGAUAAGUUGCCUAGAGCCCUUAGGGCUUCCUCCGCCCAAGGUUUUCUGGAAAGAUCCCACGGGGCAUAUUAUAAGCGAUACCGGUCCCGUACGCGUUCAAGAUAAUACGCUCGUCAUCGCGAAGGCACGAAUGGGCGAGGACGACGGCAAUUAUACUUGCAUGGCCGAGAAUAUGGCCGGUGAAACGGAUAUAUCCGUCCAAAUAAUUAUAUCAACUCCGCCAAGUAUAAUAAGUUCCCCAGAGUCGCUCAGUGUGAUGGAAGGUGAUUCCGUGACACUAACUUGUUCGUAUUCCGGCAUGGAACCGCCGGUUACACACGUGCAUUGGUUGAAGGACGGUGCGCAGCUGAGGGAAUCGGGCGGUCCGACAAGAUACCGCGUAACCGAUAAUCAUGGCAAUGUUACGCUACAUUUCAAGAGCGUUGACCUGUCUGACAAAGGGCAUUACAUGUGUCAAGUAUUCACUACAGGUUUCCCGUCUCUGUUCUCGGAUCCGGCCGUUCUCACGGUUGAAGAGAAGCUUAAAUUCUCACCACAACCUGUCAAUAAACGCCUAGAGCUCGGCUCCACUGCGAAGGUAUCGUGUAAGGCCCAGGGUGCCACGAACCCCACGGUAAAGUGGAUCAAGGAAGGCGAGGACGAGGAAUUUCCCAAACAUGUUCAGGAUAUUAACGGCACUCUACACUUCAACGGUGUACUGGAAGAGGACAAAGGUCGAUACACUUGUAUCGCCAGUAACGCUCAAGGGUCCAUCAAUCACACGAUUAGUAUUGAUGUAGUUAUCGCGCCGAAAUUUACGGUACAACCGCAAAAUCCAACUGAGGCGAUUGAGGGAUAUCCAGUGAUGUUACACUGUGCCGCCGAGGGUGAUCCUAAACCGACCAUUCAAUGGGAUAAAGAUUCUCGCAUGAACAAUUUAGAUAAUCCUCGAUUUGAAGUAUUAAGUAAUGGAAGUUUGUACAUUAAAGAAGUGUAUCUUAGUGACGAGGGGAAAUACGGAUGUACUGCUGGCAAUAGCGGUGGUUUAAAACGAGAGGAAGUUCAAUUAAAUGUAAAAGCUGGAGAUAAUUAUAGAGCUGACAUGGAUCUAGAGGCCUCUGAUGAUGGAAUGAUGAUGACUAAGACUGUAACGAUUACUCUUAGCGCAGCCGCAGGGUAUAUGGUGCUCGUCGUUGGUCUCAUGUUGUAUUGUCGUUAUCGCCGUCGUCGUAGGAAGCAACAAUACCUACAGGAACAAACAGAAGAAAAACUGGAGAAUGGUGAUGUACAGGAGGAACAGACAGAGUUGAAAGAAACUGGGAAUAAAGUAAAUUCAACGAAUAAGAAGAAAGAAAAUCGCGAUUCUCAUAACAAGAGCGACGGCGCAGAGACAGCUCACAGUCAAAGUAGUAAUCAAUCUAAAAAAUCUAAGUCGAAUUAUGACAAAAUUGCCGCUUCGCGAAGCAAUCUAAAGGAAUUGAAGCCUCUUGGUCGAGGAGAAUUUGGUGAGAUUUAUUCUACGAAAUAUCAAAUUGAUGGCGAUAAGGAAUCCUUGGUCAUGGUAAAAAGUCUGAUAAACACGAAAGACGAGAUUGCUCUUCAAGAAUUUAAACGACAUCUGGAUCUUGUUCAUAAACUUAAUCACGAGAACGUCGUCAAGUUGAUUGGUCUGUGUCGAGAGGAAGAGCCCGAUUACAUGAUUUUAGAAUACACCGAUUGGGGCGACUUGAAACAAUUCUUGAUCGCCUCACGAAAGGAUAACAAUUCUAGCCCAACUCACGAAUCGAAAGUUCCACGUGCACCUCAGCUAUCAGUGGCGCAAAUACUUUCACUAUCGAAUCAGGCUGCGAAGGGCCUAAAACAUUUAGCCGAUAAUCGAUUAGUCCACAAGGAUAUAGCCGCGCGCAAUUGCUUGAUCGCCAGCAACUUGACGAUCAAGAUCUCGCUACCAUGCAUGACCAAAGAGCCGUACCAACAAGAAUACACGAAACACCGAAAUCAGAUAAUUCCGCUGCGAUGGCUGCCCUAUGAAGCAGUAUACGAGGACGAAUACUCCACUAAGAGCGAUGUGUAUUCAUUUUCGUGUUUGGUCUGGGAAAUGUUCCAUCAGGGCGAGUUGCCAUUUAACAAGAUGAACGACGAGUCCGUGUUAACACAGCUCAAGGCGCAAACGCUCACGUGGAAACCGCACAAAGCGGCGCCGCCGGCUCUUCAAGAGCUGCAAACUCAGUGCUGGGCAAAUGAUCCACGCGAGAGACCGACCUUUGAUGAAGUUGUGUCGAAAAUAGGCGAAAUUGUGGUCGAUAGUUGCCUGUAGGCUAGUAUCGCGACCUAAUUUGUAUGAGGCUCUGAAUAUUGGAAAUACUGCAAUAGGGGUAAUGAUUAUGCGGAGCUGUAUAUCGAGAGGUAAGGCUGAUGAGCGCCGAUGACCGCUCGCGGUAGUGAUCUCUCCCGUACGAAGAGGAGAGAAUGCCGCGGUUUUUCGCGCGAGAAUAAUUAACUGGCUUUCAUGUUACAACGCUUCGUAUCGAUUAUAUAUGCAUAAUACAUUAUAGAAAACCCUACUCUUUUUGUAAAAGGAAAAUGGCUUGCUCAUUAAUCAUUGAACGCGCGAGAAUUAUGUGUCCUAAUGACGUCAUCGCAAAUCGUGAUGUAUAGAUUUUACGAAGAAUUUAAUAUUUCGCAUCGAUGCGUGUCAUUUAAUCCACGUCGUUGCAUAUAAUCAAGUGAGUAGCAUCUUCAUUGAGGAGUUUUGAUAUAUUUUAUAGAUCUCGCUUCAGACAUCAUUACAUCAUAUUAUGUGCAAUCUUGGAUUUUUCUAUCGUUCCACGAAUGUCAUUUCUUGGAAUCGCGCCAGCGAAAGCUCCCGUAAAUCUCCGUGUUGUACGAUCAUUGAACGUUAUAUCUUGAUAUCCUCUACUGCUUCCGUGUUAUAGAUUAACAAAUAGAACGAGAUAAAAUCGUUGGUUCCGCAAUAAUUAUUCAUAUUACAGUAUUUUGUCGCGCCCACUAGCUUGAUAAGAAAAUAAUAUUUAUUUCAAAUAGCAUCUCCGCUCCAAUGACUGUUCUUCUAUCGUUGGACUAAAUAAUGAUCCGUAUGGGCCAAUAUACGUUAUUAUGCAAUUAAUGCAAUACUUAGUAUACAGUAUCGAUAUAAUAAUAAGUAUCAUCACCACACAUCGAAUACUCAUAAGAUACGUUAAUUGUUAGGUGAGCCGAGGUCGAAAACUGAUAAGAGAAACGUUCAAUCGGAUUGUACGAAAUUACGUGAACGAUCUCGAUUGAACGUCGAUGAUCGGACUCGGCGCUGCAAUGACAUGCAUAUUAAGAAAGUAUCACGACCAUAUCAAAUAACGAAGAAAAUCUUAUCUCCGCCUAUUUACUUCUACACUGCUAAGACAUAAAAACAAACGUUUUAUAACAUAUAUUAUUUAUAACGUAUAUAUUUAUGUGUGAUAUAUAAGGACGCAAUCGACCACUCGUAUUUGACGAAAAAGACGGCCUUGUACAUAUACCGAUGGUAUGCAAGUAUACAUGUAAGUUGUUUCUUUAAAGCGCGAAAGACUAGCGUGAAUCAUCGUGUUAAUUUUCAUUAAUAUGUGAUCAUUCGAAUCCUCGAUGGCUUUUUAUUAAAAAAUUUCGUGAGGAAGUUUCGUAUAUAUUGGUAUCAGAGGUGAGAAGAUCAUGGCGCGUACGGCUAGAUGCUGGACACGCGAGGAAAUAAUAAAACGGCAUAUACAGAAUGACGCUUGAAAAACCUAUUUUUACAUGCGGAAAUUAGAAUCGAUCGGACCAGAGGCGAAGUAUCGCUCGCGAUAUUUUUGCAUUCGGGAUCUACGGUUUGAUAAGUAGCGCGAACAAUCUAUGUAUUUGACGCGAUGGUCCAAUAAGAGGAAUGUGCUGAAUAUAUAUUCGACUCCGUAUCCGAUUUAUACAACGAAUAUCAAUGUUUAUAUUUUAACAGUACGUAAGUUUUAAUGUCGUCCCUAUUUUUGCAUUUAAUUCUACUGUAAGAGAUUGUAAAGGAGAGAACUCGCGAGGCAAUUAUGAUGAGCAUAUUUGCUUCUUCCAUUUCAUGGCAAUACUUCCGUUGAUGCUUCGUAAGUUUUUUGCAGGGUACAAAAAAAGGAACCACCGAUAACAAUUUUUAGUCGUGCCGGAUAAACAGCGUUAGAAAUGCUCGUAAUGAAAGAUAAUCGUAUUGCUAUAACUUAUUUCACAUUGGAUUACGAGUACUUACCGCUUUCAAUAAUUUUUAAAGGAUUAAAGCGCGCAUAGAGCCGUACAAAAUUAGCCGAAUUCAGUUUCGUCGAUCGGCAAUGCAGUUAAAUAGAGCUUCACAUGUGAGUUUAUUCUACGUGAGGACAUUUGUGACUUUUAUAAAAUAAAAAAGCAAAGAAUAGAUGCUGUCGGAAGACUUGUCAAUUCUUUGUCAAUAUCGAUCUUUAACUAAAUAUAUUUUAACAGAACAAUAUUUUCGGUAAAAAAAUAAUAAUUUAUUGAAUCGUGCGACUUGUUUGAUUUAAUACGUGUCUGCAGCAACAAAAAGAACUGAAUGCGAAAUCGAUUGGAAGGAAUAGGAAAGCAAAUCAACGCAA